CGCGGCAGCCAUUUUAGUGUCAGUUCUAAAUUGUAACAAGUUUGUUUAAGUUCUUCUUUGAAAUUCCUCAAAAAAUGACCGAAAGUGAAAAGCUUCGCAAGAUAUUCAUCGGUGGGCUGAAUUGGGAGACUUCAGAAGAAGGUCUAAAGGAUUAUUUUUCGGAAUGGGGAACCAUCGUGGACUGUGUAAUCAUGAAGAAAGACGGCAAAUCCAGAGGCUUUGGGUUUGUUACAUACGCUUCUUCAAAGAGCGUUGAUGAUUGCCUGAAAGUACGUAAGCACAUUCUAGAUGAUCGAGAGAUUGAACCAAAACGAUCUAUCCCUAAAGAUGAGGCGAAAAACCCGAUGGCUUUGACCAAGACUCGAAAGAUUUUCGUUGGUGGACUGGCUAGUACGACUACUGAAGAUGAUAUCAGGGAAUACUUCACUGGUUUGUGCGAAAAAGACGGCGAUGGCCAAGUGAUUGACAUUGACCUAAAGAGAGAUAAAGAGAAUCAAAACAGAAUUCGAGGUUUUGCUUUCGUAACCUUUGAUAACGACGAAAUAGCAGAGAAAGUGUGCGCGAUGAAGUUCCACGAGAUUCGCAUGAAACAAUGCGAAGUCAAGAAGGCAGAACCUCAGUCGAUGAUCAGAAAAAAACACGAGGAUGAUGACCGAGGGAGCUAUAGUUCUGACCGAGAGAGAAGCAGAGAGAGGGAUAGAGAUUCACGUGACAGAGGAGACAGAGAUAGAGGUUUUAUGGGUCCCUUGGGUCCUGGUUUCUUUGGGUUUCCAAGUUUUUUUGGUAAAGAGGGAAAAGGUGAUAGAGACAGGAGUAGCAGGGAUAGAGAAAGAAGCAGAGAUGGUGACAUGAGUUACUUCAAUCCCUUUGGCUUUAACCCAGCGGCAUUUAGUGCUGGAGGAUUUGCUCCAGGCUUUGGUUUUGGUGGCAUGGGAUUCGGUGGAUUCCCUGCUGGAUUUGGCUAUGGUGGCUUCCCUGCUGGUUUCGGCAUGGGUGGAGCUGGGUUUGGUGGGUUUGGUCCUGGAGGGGUCAGUAGUGAGAGAGGCAGCAGUGGAAGUAGUUAUGACAAAGGUGGCUAUGGAGGGGUAGGAUAUAGAAGUAGUAGUGAUAGAGAAGGGCAAAGCAGUAAAAGUCAAUCUAAUGGUGCAAGCAGUAGUAGCAGAGGUUCUGGGUCAUAUGAUCAGGCAGGCAUGAGCAGUGGGUACGGGUAUAGUCCAUUUGCUGGCAUGGGUGGUGCAGUGCCGUCAGGUGAUUGGAGUAACUUUCCUGCAGCGGCAAUGAUGGGAAUGUAUGGCUAUAAUACAAACACUCCUAUGAGUGCUGGAAGUGAAAGUGCAUCAAAAGCAUACUCUGGUUCUGGCACCUCAACUGAUGCUAGCUUUCCAAUGGGUAGCUAUGCACAGAUGAGCUCUGGCUUUGGCCCAGUGGCAAGAACUGACUCCACAGCAAGAGGUUUAAGUCCUUCUGAUACCAAAUCCAGAAGCUACAGGCCCUAUUAAAGUAUAGCUGGUGACAAAGGGCUAGUGCUGUUUAGCCAGACUAACAGACAGGAAAGUAAAGAAGAAAAUAGAACAUGUACCAUAUAGCUGUUGAGAAGCUUUGAUAGUGAAGACAAGAUCAAGGGAAGAAUAAAGAUAUGUGUAAUAAUAGUACUCACAAGAGUAAAUGCUUUGAACCCAGUUGUAGAAGUUUGUUGUGAAGUGUGAUUGUCUGGGUGAACGUAGUCUUGAGAAAGGCUGUUGUUGGUGGUGACUGAUGUUUCGACAAGCUGAGCGCAAGUCAUCUUCAGAGUCUAUUUUCUCACUAGACUUUGAAGAUGACUUCCGCUCAGGUUCUUGAAACGUCAGUCACCACCAACAACAGUCUUUCUCAAGACUACGCUCAUCCGGAUGAUCACACUUCACAACAAAAUAGUACUCACAUAGAACAAUUAGAAUAAUGAUAAAAUACUUGUUACUCUUUUAGGAGAUAGCUACAAUUUUUGUAUGUAAAAUAGGACAUAUAUGUAUAGUAGCCAUGUUUAUCAAUUAUAGAGGCAAUCACAGUUUAUGCUCAUGAAAAACAGCUUUUCUAAAACAGUUAAUUUACGAUACAACUACUUGAAUUUGAAGAAAUGCAUGGUCAGACAGACAUAUUUUUCAAUCUAUAGUAAGCUAUUGUUGUUUUAGUUGUUUUUAAUAGUUCUCAUCAGUUGUAGCUCAAUGUAGUUAUCAUGAAAUUUGCCAUUAAAAUACAUUAAACAAGUA